GCCAGUGAAGGGGCCUGACGAGUCUCAAUCUUGCACUGGACUUUUUUUUCCUGUCCCGGUUUCCUGGCCGUCGAGGGGGCCUGCAGAGGGCGAGGAGACGACUCAGCAGGAACCUGGAUUUAUUUCUAAGAGCUGCGGGGCUGAGAAGGGGUGACCGGAAGCUCUCUUAGGACUGACCGGAAAAGAAACGGUGUCACCGGGAGCAAGAGCGGAGCCAGGAUGGCUUGGGCUCUGAAGCUGCCUCUGGCCGAUGAAGUGAUUGAGUCUGGGCUGGUGCAGGACUUUGAUGCUAGCCUGUCUGGGAUCGGCCAGGAACUGGGUGCUGGUGCCUAUAGCAUGAGUGAUGUCCUUGCAUUGCCCAUUUUUAAGCAAGAAGAGUCAAGUUUGCCUCCUGAUAAUGAGAAUGAAAUUCUACCUUUUCAGUAUGUGCUUUGUGCUGCCACGUCUCCAGCUGUGAAACUCCAUGAUGAGACUCUGACAUAUCUCAAUCAAGGACAGUCUUAUGAAAUCCGAAUGCUAGACAAUAGGAAACUUGGGGAACUUCCAGAAAUUAAUGGCAAAUUGGUGAAGAGUAUAUUCCGUGUAGUAUUCCAUGACAGAAGAUUACAGUACACUGAGCAUCAGCAGCUGGAAGGCUGGAGGUGGAACCGACCAGGAGAUAGGAUUCUUGAUAUAGAUAUCCCAAUGUCUGUGGGCAUAAUAGAUCCUAGAGCUAAUCCAACCCAGCUAAAUACAGUGGAGUUCUUAUGGGACCCUUCAAAGAGGACAUCUGUGUUUAUUCAGGUACAUUGUAUUAGCACAGAGUUUACUAUGAGGAAACAUGGUGGAGAAAAGGGAGUGCCAUUCCGAGUACAAAUUGAUACCUUCAAGGAGAAUGAAAAUGGGGAAUAUACUGAGCACUUACAUUCAGCCAGCUGCCAGAUCAAAGUCUUCAAGCCCAAAGGUGCAGACAGGAAGCAAAAAACAGACAGAGAAAAAAUGGAAAAACGAACACCACAUGAAAAGGAAAAAUAUCAACCAUCUUAUGAGACAACCAUUCUUACAGAGUGUUCUCCAUGGCCUGAGAUCACAUACGUUAAUAACUCCCCAUCACCUGGCUUCAACAGUUCCCAUAGCAGUUUUUCCCUUGGGGAAGGGAUGGUACGUCCAAGAUUAACCAUAUAUGUCUGUCAGGAAUCAUUGCAGUUGCGGGAGCAGCAGCAACAGCAGCAGCAACAGCAACAGCAGCAGCAGCCACAGCAGAAGCAUGAGGAUGGAGACUCAAAUGGUACUUUCUUCGUAUAUCAUGCAAUCUAUCUAGAAGAACUGACAGCUGUUGAAUUGACAGAAAAAAUUGCUCAGCUUUUCAGCAUUUCUCCUCGACAAAUUAGCCAGAUUUACAAACAGGGACCAACAGGAAUCCAUGUGCUUAUCAGCGAUGAGAUGAUACAGAACUUUCAGGAAGAAGCCUGUUUUAUUUUGGACACAAUGAAAGCAGAAACCAAUGAUAGCUAUCAUAUCAUACUGAAGUAGGUGUGGAGCAUUCCACGGUCAGUGUCUGCUGCUUCCUUCACCUUCCCCUCUUGAAAACCACCCCUCUUGAAGGAGAUAUGGAGAUUGAAGGUCUUCAGGAACCUGGCUCAUCUAACUAACCGUGGCAGGGAGGGAGGAAUGCAAACGUUGGAGGCAGGUUCUCAGAAGGCCUAAGCACUAGUUGGCCUAAGCACAGAUUACUGCCCAAUAUGCAACUCUCUAGCAAGUUUUUAGUUGCAGUUCUGGCCCCUGCUGUUGAGUCAGUAGGAACAUUAUUUAAGGUGUAUGUAGGGAAUAGUGAUGAUGAGAAUUGUGACGUUUGAUGGAAAGAUGUUGAAUUCGUGAUAUGGAGCCAUGUAAUUUUUGUUUUCUUUAACCCAUACUGGGGCUUGAACUCAGGGCCUAGACACUGUCCCUUAUCUUUUUUG